CAGCAGUAACUUUUGCCGUACAACAUGGCGGCGCUGUGCCGGGGGCGGAAGCGCUUCCAAUGGGAGCCUGUGCUUUGCCGUACGGCUCGGGUCCUGUCAGGGAAAAAUGAGUAUGAUCUUCUGGUGAUUGGUGGAGGUUCUGGAGGCCUUGCUUGUGCAAAAGAAGCUGCUCAGUUUGGAAAGAAGGUGGCUGUUCUUGAUUAUGUGGAGCCUUCACAUAAAGGAACCAAAUGGGGACUUGGUGGCACUUGUGUGAACGUUGGCUGCAUUCCUAAAAAGCUUAUGCAUCAAGCAGCUCUUUUAGGGAGUGCUCUUAAAGAUGCCCAACAUUAUGGCUGGAAUAUAUCCCACCCUGUUCACCAUGACUGGUCUGUGAUGGCUGAAGCCGUUCAAAAUUAUGUCAAAUCCUUGAACUGGGGACACAGAGUGCAGCUACAGGACAAAAAAGUGAAGUAUUUCAACCUCACAGGCAGUUUGAUGGAUGCACACACAGUCCGUGGUUUGACAAAUGCAGGUAAAGAGACUGUCAUUACUGCAGAAAACAUAGUCAUUGCCACUGGAGGGAGGCCAAAAUAUCCUGCACAUAUUGCAGGUGCAUUGGAAUAUGGAAUUACAAGUGAUGAUAUAUUCUGGUUGAAAGAAUCUCCUGGAAAAACGUUGGUGGUUGGAGCCAGCUAUGUGUCCCUUGAGUGUGCCGGUUUUCUCACAGGCAUUGGACAGGAUACCACGGUCAUGGUCAGAAGUAUCCCACUUCGAGGGUUUGAUCAGCAAAUGUCCUUCUUAGUAACCGAUUACAUGGAAUCGUGUGGUACAAGAUUUUUAAAGAAAUGCACCCCAAGUAAAGUUGAAAAGCUGAAGAGUGGCAAACUGCAAGUUACCUGGAAAUAUGCUGACUCAGGCAAAGAAGAAAUGGAUGACUUUGACACAGUGAUGUGGGCAGUCGGCCGAGCACCUGACACUAAAACUCUGAAUUUGGAGACAAUUGGGGUGAAAAUUAACUCUGAAACUGGAAAGAUCAUUGUUGAUGCCAGCGAAGCUACUUCUGUUCCUCACAUUUAUGCAAUUGGAGACAUAACAGAGGGGCGCCCUGAACUGACGCCUACGGCGAUAGCUGCAGGAAAGCUGCUGGCUCAACGUCUGUUUGGCCAGUCUUCAGAACUGAUGGAUUAUGACAAUGUACCCACUACAGUUUUCACUCCUCUGGAAUACGGUUGUGUAGGACUGUCAGAAGAAAAGGCAGUGGAACAUUAUGGACUGGAUAACAUAGAGGUAUACCAUGCAUAUUAUAAACCUUUGGAAUUUACAGUGGCUGAAAGAGAUGCAGCUCAGUGUUACAUAAAAAUGGUAUGCCUGCGGAAAAAAGAGCAGCGGAUCCUUGGCCUUCAUUUCAUUGGACCAAAUGCAGGUGAAGUGAUUCAAGGAUUUGCUCUUGGAAUAAAAUGUGGGGCUACGUAUGCGCAGAUGAUGAAGACAGUUGGCAUUCACCCUACCUGUGCUGAGGAAGUAACCAAGUUACGUAUCACAAAGCGCUCUGGUUUGGAUGCAAAGGUCACUGGUUGCUGAGGUUAAGUCCAAUCCCUGGACAGAAGUUAAAAGCACACAGUAAAAUUGAGAAGGAAAAAGAGCAUUCUGAACUGACACAGUUUUGGUAAUCGUAGUCCUGCAGCUCAAGGUUUCUUAGGUAUCACUCCUUCAGUAGACAACAAAAAGUUAAUUUUACAGUCCUAGCCAUACUGUACCUACCUAAAGAACUGCCCACACACAUCUUUAAAAUCAACACAGUACUUAACCUUCAGGGAAAUAGGGUUUAUGUCAAAAAGCAUCACUUCUGAAGUGCCUGUGUCCUUUGUUUUGCUGGGAGCUAGAGAAAAUCAUCAUUUUCUGUACAUCAAAAUGUGUUUCUUGCCCAUCACUUGGUAUCUAAAGCUAUGUAAAACUUAAAUGGAUAUCACUUUGUUACAGGAACAGUGGCCAUCACACUACUAACCAUUCCCACCCUCUAGCAAAUUAAUCCCACUUGGAUGUCAUCUCUCAGAGAAAUGCAUUGUCAAACAGAGGUGAAGUGGAUGCCAAAUAUUUGGAGCUCUCUGACAGUGUAUGCGUGUGACUUCCGUAGCCAGGGUUUUCCCAAUAGAACACCUAGCUACUGACCUCCCCCAAGAAUUCAUCCCUGAGGAAUGAUGUCCAAAUCUCACUGAACUGAACCAGGGUCUCAGAUAGUGAGUAGAGAACACGGGCAAUAAUUCCUUCUCCACUCUGGCAAGACGGCUCCCUGCUGGUGGUAAUCACAAGAGUUCAAAGUCAAGGCUCAUUGACAGGAAACAGAUCCCAGAGCAUAUAGCAGUAGGUAAGCAGUCUUCAGUGUUUCAGGGAAAUGUACCAUGUACAGGAAUUGGUAAUAGAGGAGAAUAUAAAGUGACCAUUAGAGUUGUUACACUAGUGGGUGAGUUCACUGUUGGCAUAGGCAGUGUGUGUCGUUGUGGAAGCUCAUAGAAUUCCUUUAGCAAUGAGGAAAUUUUGCCAUUUAAACACUUACAGAAAGAACUUGGGGUUGGUGAAAACUUCCCUGCACAUUUUUCAAAUUGCCAAUUAAUUUCAGCUCAGAUUGAAUUGGCAGAUCACACAACUUACUGCUCCAGUGCCAAAUAGCAAGCAAUACUGAAAAUUGGAAUUGAACAUAGAAAGCUGUGUGUGCUGUUCAUAUAGCUCAAAUAUUUGACAUGAAUUGGAGUGUGGUGUAUCUGAUCUGUGCUUUUUUAAAAAUAGAUUUUCAUUGAUAAACUAAAACUCCUGUAACUCUCACAAUUAACUUUUGGUAGUUGGGAUCUGAACUGCAUUAUAUUAAAAAUAAAACCAGAAAGGAGAUGUACCUGUUCAGAGCUCACCUUUAAGAUACCAGUCUGCAAACUGUUCUUUCAGCGUAUUGCCCAAACUUCCUGGAGGAAGAAAGCAUUCACCUAGUGUGAGCUGCUUCUUAUUCAUAUUGGCCAGAAGGGGGAGAUCCUGACUAACAUGUAGCAAUAUAAAAACAAGAUAGAAAUCAAAUAGCACAGCCGCUAUUGCCAAAUACUGUUAAAUAGGUAGCCUGACAAAGGCAAAACAAAAACCCCAAGCCCUCAGAAUUUCAUUUGAAGUAGCAAUUUAUGGCUAAUACUGUAUUUCGAGAAGUGCAAUCACAUAUUUACUCACGACCCGUUAAAACAGUGCAUGUGGGAAGGGGAGGGGUUAGUUACAAUUCUUUAGAAAGACCCAAUAAAAAUCAGUCUUUCGUGCUGUAUUUUAAACAACAGUAUUUUUGCAAAUGAGUUUUGACCGUUUCCUAGCCAUCCUAGCUAGCCCUGUUAAUUGCAAAGUUCUUAAGAUCCAUUUGCUGACUAUGCACAUCUUUGACACUUUUUUCUUAGACUGUCCAUUUUAAGACAUUGUUUGCUUACUACUUCACUGAGAGUUACACUAUAGAUAAGUGGUGGAUUUAAUUUAAGUUUAAAACAUAUCUUGCCACCAGAAUUGUACAGCACAUGCCCCAGAAGCUAUUGAAAAACGCUGAAGCUUCAGCAGACAUUAUCAAAACAAAUGUAAUAGUACUUAUCAACAUGCCAUCAAGGUGGUAUUACAAUAAAUUCCUUUCAGGGAUCUGACUUUAAAAACAAAACAAAACCCCACAGCCCUAUACUGGUUCUAAGUGCCUCAUUUCCAAAAUUUGACACUGUAAAUCUUAAAUGUGUUAUAAAAGUAUUAAGUCUUGAUACUGUAGGUGAAGCAGAUAAUAUACCCUAGCAGUGCAGAAAGAGCAAAUAGGUUUCCUACUGCUAUUCAAGAAACAUAAAAGUAAAAGCUGUAUAUGAUGGGUUACAGUAUUUCUAAGUUGGUUUCACGAGGCUAGAAUUUCAAGGUACAAUUUACAGGUAUUGCGGCUUUUCCUAAAAAAAAAAACACAAACAUACACACGAAUUAUGGAUAAGUUGCUUCCCAGAUCUGUGGCUCCUAACAUUACAGAUUUUAGAGUAGCACAUUCAAACCAGGAUUUGUAUUGCAUAGUCCAUAAAAGAGAGGAGUGGUUCAAUCAAACGCUGUUGCCUAAUGAUUAUGGCAUUCUGCAUUUCUCAUCCUCUGUUGAUUUGUUUGAUUCAGCACUAAGACCAAGUCUAUGGACUUGCAGGUGAAAGGAAACAUUUUGGGAACGGAAAUGUAUUUGGUGUGCUGCCUUUUUGUUGCUACUCCCUUCAUAAAAAAAUGUUUUGAAAGUGUCAUGUUCACACACGCAUAGUCAAAACCUCCCUAUCUCCCUUGGUAAGAGAGGACAUCCUGCGGAAAUAUAAUAUUGGAGCCAAAACACCUCUGUACAUUUUUGAGCAAUUAACAAAAAAAAAAGCAUACAGGAAACUUUAAAACUCUUUCAAAAUAUUUUAGUUGAUUUAAAUAUUGAGCGUUUCAGAGCAAAACCUAUUUGAUCUUUCUCAGCUGCUGGGGCAUAUGACCUGCUUCACCUAGAGCAUUUCGGUCUUCAGAGCUCUUGCUAGGAGAAACAGCCCUCAGUUGGUUAUAAGGUGUGUGUGUGAGCAUUUCUAAUGAUCUCUGCGUUGCAUUGUGGCAUUGCUCAUUUCCUUUGCAUGCAUUACUCAGGCACCCACUGGUUCGGCCAUGUUGAUGUUGUAUUCAGUCCUCCCUGUGGAGUUUAUGUGCAUUAUGUGCGGUUAAAGAGAGGCCCAGGAGGUGAGAUGAGUUAAUUUCACUUCUAUCAUGAGACUGCCAAUGGAAAAAAACAACUUGCUGUACUGCAACCAGUAGAGAGAUCUGGUGGGAAAGUGUCCAAGAUUUUAUGUAGGGUGUGAAAUUAAUCCACAUCAUCACUGUCUAAAGUAGCCAUCUAAUGGAGCCGCCUUUUGUUUUCAACAAUUUAUUUUCACUAGUUUAGAAUCACAAUAUGGGCUUUUAUAGACUCCAUGAAAAUUGAUCUUGCAUCUUAAAUUGCAUCCUGGCUCUGGUCCUCAUUGACUACAAUGUGUUGUCCACUGAAGUAAAUCUUGAUGUACGUUCAUAGCUACAAAACACUGAUGUGUCAGAACCAAGAGUGAGGCAGAGUAACUGAAAACUACUUGGAUUGGUAUUAUUUUCUUGGUGGAUUCCUUGUGUGCUCUCCAGGGAUAGCCGUCCGUAAUAAAAUCAGCCUGACUAAUGUCAAGUGAAAAGUCUGAUAGAUGCUGCAAAUUAUUUACUGUGUGUGUAAGUGAAAAUGUAUGUUUAAAUGAAUACACACAGUCAGGCUGUCUUCUCAGGGUGCCAGCUAAUGAUGGCUUGUUUGUCAAACCACACAGUGGAGUAGACCAGUCUGAGGAUUGCUGGACCCCUAUUAAAUAUAUAUAUAUAUAAAAUCCUUAUAUUUAUUGUUACAUUAUGGACAAAUAAAUGAUUUUCUUAAAGAA